GGAUACGUCAUGGAUCCGUGAUGAGGAUUUGGGUUGCACUCGUUGGUGAUUUUCAUCCUUUUUGGUUGGGAAGAAGAGAAAACAAACUUUUUAUUUGUUAGAUAUAACAAUAGCAUGAAUGCAAUGGAUUUGAAAGAUCAAGGAAACAAAUUCUUUGCAGGAAGACGAUAUGACGACGCAAUUUCUUGUUAUUCCAAAGCGAUAAUGAAGAGUCCAAACACACCAACAUACUUCACAAACCGGGCGUUGUGUUACCUGAAGAAGAAGCAGUGGGAGAGGGCAGCACAAGACUGUAGGAAUGCACUGGACCUAGAUAGAGCCCUGGUGAAGGGUCACUUCUUCCUGGGUCAGGCGCUGGUCGAGCUGGGUGUAUACGAUGAGGGAGUAGGGAGCUUAAAGAGAGCCUUUGACUUGGCCAAAGAACAGAAACUGAACUUCGGAGAUGAUAUUGCGAGUGCAAUGCGCGUGGCCAAAAAGAAGAAGUGGAACAGUAUUGAAGAAAAACGAAUACAACAAGAGAUUGACUUGCAGUCUUACAUAAAUAAACUCAUUUUAGACGACAGAAAUAGGCAUGUCGAAGCAGUGGAGGAGAUAGUUGGGGAGGAAGAUGUAUCAAAUGAGAUUGAAACAAUAGAAAAAGAACAUCAAAGGCGCCUUGUGGAAGUAAAUGAGUUGUUUGCCCAGCUGGAUGAGAGAAGACGGAAGCGGGAUGUACCUGACUACCUGUGUGGGAAGAUAAGCUUUGAGCUGAUGCGUGAACCUGUGAUUACACCUAGUGGUAUUACCUAUGACAGAAAAGAUAUCGUAGAACAUUUGCAGACCAUGUAG